UUCUUAUUAAGCGAACAGCGACUCGGGUGUCAAGUGGAGCCCUCAGCACUGAAGACGGUUAAGUGAAAGUCUCAAGAUCGCCCAAGAUGGUUUUGUCUUGGAUAGUGUUUGUCGAUUCUUGUCGUCUGAUCAGUGUGUGUGGCUUUCUCAUUUGCUCACUGACGUUCACGUGGUACUCAUUUGCUCUUCUGAUUUGUCUUUUAGGUUCUUUGUAUCUUUUGGAUAGAGACAAGUACAAUGUGAAGCUCCUAUCAUCUGAUCAGGACUUGCAUCCACAAAAUCCAUACAAAGGGCACAAGAGAGUCAAAGGUGAAGAGCAUUUACCUGACAAUGUGAAGAACUCAUAUACAAACCUGAUCCUAAAUCAUGUGCUGUAUGACACAGAAAACUGUAAAACAUUGCAGAACUUUGAACUUGUAAAAAGAAACACUCAUUGUACGUUUGCUCGCACCGCAAUACUCUGGGGAGCUCGAGACUAUGACACUACUCUUACACUUGAAGCUAAUGUUGAAAGAUCUAUUCCCGCUCUAAUCAAGUUUUUUGCUGUUGCUGAGAGCUUACAUCUUGAUGGUUUUGUAUUUGAGCUUCCUGGUAUUGAAUUUGGAAUGGAUGUUGAAAGUUUUGGUAAAGGAGUUUAUCGUGUUUUGAAAUAUAUAUCCAACCAAGACCCAGCAGGCUAUCAUUGUAUGAAUAAAUCAUUUGUGUCACAAAUUGGCUGGUCAUUUGAAUUCAACGCUGUGCCAAUUUUUGUUACUACAUUUGCACCGUGUUAUCCUGAAAAUCAUAGCCGUUAUGCUUUUGGUGCACAAAAUGCUUUUAUUUUGCUUCAGCCUAUGUACUCAUUUGCUAUUCAUGAAAUUGGUCAUGACACCCCUACCACUAACUGGAGUAAUCCUCAGACUAUACGAGAUAAAAUACGAGUUGCUUAUAAAGAGAAUGGCCGUCCUUAUUAUAUACGCGAUACAAUAUAUUACCCAAUGGCACAUGAUGUAGUGAAGCCACUUAUUGAAGGCCCUGGUAAUGUUGUAAAGUGGUGGAAGAUUGAUGGAGAUGAUGAGCAUGGCAGCUCUUCUAUUGAUGAUUUAGAUGAUGGCUCCCAAAUGAAUGAAGCUCAAAGAACUACUGAUGUAAGUGGAGAAAUCAGAUAUGAAGAAACAAUUGAAGAAGAAGCCAAAACCUACAUGUAUAAGAGUGCUUUUAUGGAUGAAAAAGAACACAAAGAGGGAAAUGAAGACAAAAGACCUGAAUAAAAACUGUAAAAUCAUUUUUAGGUAUGCAUAAUACUGAUAUGAUUUAGAAUUGCAAUAGGGUGCCAUUGUCACAAUAGUUUAGUCAAAAUGUUUUGAGUUACAGUAUAUUUAAUUCCGUUUGAAAAUUAUUAUUAGAGUUAUUGUAUUUAGUUGAUGUACAACAUGUAUGAUGAAAUGAUACAUUAUUUGUUGGUGAUGUAUUUAAGAAAGUAA